CAGGAACCCUCACAACAGUUUUUUGUUUUUUCCCUUUUCAUCUUGACUUUCAAAUUAUAACAACCAUGUCUGACCAUAAAUAUCACUUUAAUGUCACUAUGACUUGCUCCGGGUGUUCCGGUGCCGUGAACAGAGUUUUGGGUAGAUUGGAAGGAGUUAAAAAUGUUGACAUUUCAUUAGAAAACCAAACUGUGGAUGUUCAAACUGUUUCUACAUUGGACUACGACACUGUUUUUCAAACCAUUUCUAAAACUGGGAAGAAGGUAUUAGACGGGAAGAUCAUUGAAUAAACUGAUUAAUUACUUGGAAAUUUAUUUAAUAUGUAUAUUUCUUAUAAACGUUUUGCAUUUAUGUUUUA